CCUCGCAAUCGCAGGAUGACAUCUUCAUACAUUCCGGCUGGAUACCACUUCGAUACUCAGCAUGAUGGCACCGAACAUCUCGCCAUCAAUAACACAUUUGCUCGCCGUUUCUUGACUCGACUGGCCUUGCAUACUACGGCGAAGUUCUAUUCAGAGGAUGGUCUUUGUGUCCCGAUCUCGAAACACAAAAUUGUCAAGGCAGGGCAUCGAACCCAUCUGACAGAAGCGUACAUUGUUAUGGAGAGGAUCCAAGGCGACGUACUACCAAAAGCAUGGAAAGGCUUGUCUGAAGAAUCACUUGAGGGUAUUUUCACGCAAUUGAGAAAAAUCUUCCAAGAGUUACGCGCACUAACACCUCCGCCGGGCAUGACGGGCGUGGAAAGCUGUGUAGGAGGCUCUUUGUACGACUCGCGCAUCCCCCGCGGAAAGCCACGCUUCGGCCCGUUCAAGACCAUACAAGACUUCCAUUUCUGGCUCAGACAUGACUUCAAACCGGAUGACCUCAAACGCCGUGAAGAAGACCAAGAUUCGCACGACCUCCGGGAUAUGAUGAGCAAGCAGGAUGGGUCAUGGCCUCUACCAAAGUUUAGCCAUGGCGAUCUAAAUCCAUUCAACGUAAUAGUUCGUGGGGGCAAUGUGGUUGGGGUGAUUGACUGGGAGUUCGCCGGAUGGUAUCCGUAUUAUUGGGAAUAUACAUCGGCCUGGUUUGGCAAUCUCAUAAGGACAGAUUGGCAGGGCAUGAUCGGCAAGUUUCUCGACCGACCGAGUCCUGAGGAAUUCAAGAUGGAGGAAGUUCGCCAUAAAUGGUGGGGUGAGUUUUGA